UUCCAGGGGACUUAGGUAAUCAGUUGGAAGCAAAGUUAGAUAAGCCAUCAGUAGUGCACUAUCUCUGCUCUAAGAAGACAGACAGUUACUUUACACUCUGGCUGAAUUUAGAAUUGCUUCUGCCUGUCGUCAUUGACUGCUGGAUUGAUAAUAUCAGGCUGGUAUAUAAUCGCACAAGUAAGAUUACAGAGCCACCAGAUGGAGUGGAUAUCAGAGUCCCAGGUUUUGGGCAGACGUUUUCCUUGGAAUUCCUUGACCCAAGUAAAAGGAGUGUUGGAAGUUACUUUUAUAUGCUGGUACAGAGUUUAGUAGACUGGGGCUACACACGUGAUGAAGAUGUAAGAGGAGCACCUUAUGACUGGCGAAAGGCACCAAAUGAGAAUGAAAACUACUUUGUGGCCCUUCGCAAGAUGAUAGAGUUAAUGUAUGAGCAGUAUGGAAGUCCUGUUGUCUUAAUUGCCCACAGUAUGGGAAAUAUGUACACCCUCUACUUCCUCAACCGUCAGACUCAGGAUUGGAAAGACAAGUACAUAAAGGAUUAUGUGUCAUUAGGCGCUCCAUGGGGAGGAGUGGCUAAAACUCUCCGUGUGCUGGCUUCAGGUGACAACAAUAGAAUACCUGUUAUCAGCCCACUCAAGAUUAGAGACCAGCAGAGAUCAGCAGUUUCCACAAACUGGUUGCUCCCCUACAACUACACAUGGCCUUCAGAUAAGGUCUUUGUAAGCACACCUACUGUUAACUACACACUUCGGGAUUACCGAAAAUUCUACAGGGACAUCAAUUUUGAAGAUGGCUGGCUCAUGAGACAAGACACCGAAGGCCUGGUCUACAACAUGACCCCGCCUGGUGUGCGCAUACACUGUCUUUAUGGUACUGGUGUGGAAACACCUGAUUCCUUCCAUUAUGAAAGUUUUCCUGACAAAGAACCCAAGAUUCUUUACAGUGAUGGGGACGGUACAGUAAACUUGCAGAGUGCCCUGCAAUGUCAAAAGUGGGUGGACAUGCAAAAACAAGAAGUGGUGAUAGUUGAGCUUUCAGGAAACGAGCAUAUUCAAAUGCUAUCCAAUGAUACUACUAUCUCCUAUGUGAAAAAGCUGCUUUUUGAUCUGUGAUACCUUGUGUUGACUGUUAUUUUCCUCACCUGUGAUGCCUUCCCUGAAAUAUGGGAAAAUGCCUUUUAAUCCCUUG